AUGGCGCGGAAUGCGCCAUCUACCUGAAGUCACUAUACCUUUAGCACACCCUUUUUCUCACAGCACACCUAUAAUAAAUAACAUUAUUGAAAAAAUUGCAGAAAAAAAUUUGAAAAUUCGAAAUUCUGAUUUUGCCUCAGAAAAUUUUAAAAGACUUCUUUACGAAAAAAAUAAUGAAAUUGGGUUAGAUUUUUUUGCUUUUGGAGUAUACUCAGCUCAAGGAUUAUGAAUAUUUGAUGCAUAUAUAGAAGGAUAUGGUGAAGGUAAUGUUGAUUUUUGGAUUAUUUGAAUAGAAAAUCUUAAGCUAAUAGAUGAAUUUUUUGACAAGGCUACUACUGACGAUAUUGAUAAAUAUUCGCAAAGCGUUAUUGAUGAUCAAAUGGUAAUCAUAGAAGCAUAUUAAUAUAGUGAGCCAACCCCUUUUUAAACUCCUGACAUACCAUAGGUGUACAGUAUUCCUGAGAAAGGAGGAUGGUGUAGUGAAUGUGCAUCUGGCCAGUUUUUUUCUUGGCUUGGGAAGCGUAUGUCGGGAUAGUCACCGCUUAUGUUUUGCUCCAAUGUCAAGCUUUUGCUUCAGAGAAGAAUGGAGUUGAGAGUUUGAAAGGGAUCUCUAGCAGAGCCAGUCGCCAAUCGGGACUGCUUCCAAGUGUGAGCCAGGAGUUACGCGCUGGGCCCUCGGAUUUUAAUUUUUGCCAAAAGUCAAUAUUUUCCAUGGUAGACAACCUUUAAUUACUGGAGGCAUUGUAGUAAAACUCAUCAAACUACCAAUUGGAGUGCAAGUCCUUAUCCAGAAGGAGCAACCUUUGCGAGGCCGUGUACCGGACUGGCGAGCAGAUAAAUGAGCACAACGGUUUGUUAGUCCUUUAGAUUUCCAUGGGCUCUUGUAUUAUUAAGAUGAUGCUAAUGCUAAUUUUAAUUAUAGAAGCAGCGUUGUUUAUUUUUAUUGCUUUCUCAUUUGUGGCUUAUUUUGGAUUCAGUUUGUUGUUUUUCAGAAAUGAGAAAAAAUAUUUGCAGAAAAUAUAUUCGAUACAGCAAAUUAUGCCUAAUAAUUAUUUAUAA